AUGGUUUUAAAUGAAACGGACGGAGAGAUUUAUACACAUUUUUUGGACCAUUUGGGAGCUCAGGGAGAAGCUGGAGAUUCGAAGACCUUCUUCGGCUCAGAUGGUUAAACGACGCGAUGAAUUUGAAUAUAUGAGAUGAGCUGAAGUGAAGCCACGGAUGGGGCUGAAGUUGGAUUGUUAGAUUUUGGAUGCGGUUUUGCUUUUGUGAGUUUUUUUGUGGAUGGUAGAACAUUUGGGAUUUUUCGAGAUCCCACAAGCCAUGGGAGCCUUUAAUCGAAUCUGACUCCGAAUUUUUCCGAAUUGUUGAGUCUAAAUAUGACAAAGAAAUUUUUGGGCUCAAAAUUUAGGCUAUGGUCUUGAAAAUUACACAUUUUUUAAAAUUUUCAGCUGAAAAUCUAGAGAUUUCUAAUUUUUCUGUUGAAAAUUCUGAAAUUUGAUAAUAAUUUUGGAUAAAUCCAAAUUUUUUGAUAUUUAAGAUGAAAAAUCUGAAACUUGAUUGCAGGCUAAUCUAGACUUUUGAAUUUUGAAAAUUUAACAAUUUCAUAACAAUUCAUCAAAAUUUGUGAACGUUUCUAAUUUUCUACAAAAUAUGAAAAUGUGAAAAAUGUUAAGAAUUGAGCAAGAUUUGAGUUGUUUUUAGAGACUAAAUUUGACUGGGAUUUGAAUUUGAAAAUAAAUAAGAUUUGGCUGAACAAAUCCACGUGUUUUUACCGUAUUUAAUACAAAUCCUAAACCAAAAAACAUAUCCUUUUUUCUAUUUGUUAAAAGACCCGAAACGACAAAUCUUAUGAAUUAUAUUUGAAAAAGUGGAUAGUGUUCAAAAUGAUUUCCAAAAUUUUAUGAAACUUUAUGAGAUUUAUCAAAAAUGCUGAAUUUUAGCGACAAAAAACUCUCUAUUUUGCAGUAAUUGACAAUCAACAACAAAAUGGAAAAUUCCAAAAGAAAUAUCCGAAAUUAUUUUUCUUCUUUCAACAUGGAUUUUUUAUUAGGUCAGUUUUCUCAUGUAUUUUUCCGUAAAUACAAUUUACCGUAGUGUUUUUCAUGAACUUUUUUGCAGAAACUUCACUCAGAAUUCGGCGAUUUUGAAGGAGGAAAAGAAAAUCAAACGAUGA